UCCUCCUUUACCCUGGUCACCGGGGGAAUACCCCCCUCUCAUCUCACGUGGGCUUCUGCAAUUAGUAAAUGAACCUUAGUGCUCUUGGGAAGAGGUACCUAACAAGCGGCUUGGAUGAUUCGAGACCUGAGCAAGAUGUAUCCCCAGACCAGGCACCCGGCUCCGCAUCAGCCAGCUCAGCCCUUCAAAUUCACCAUAUCCGAAUCGUGUGAUCGGAUUAAGGAGGAGUUUCAGUUUUUACAAGCUCAGUACCACAGCUUAAAGCUGGAAUGUGAGAAACUGGCCAGUGAAAAGACAGAGAUGCAGCGACAUUAUGUCAUGUACUACGAGAUGUCGUAUGGUCUGAACAUUGAGAUGCAUAAACAGGCAGAGAUCGUCAAGAGGCUGAAUGCAAUAUGCGCUCAAGUCAUUCCUUUUUUGUCCCAAGAGCACCAACAGCAAGUAGUACAGGCGGUGGAGCGUGCCAAACAAGUGACAAUGGCAGAAUUGAACGCAAUCAUUGGGCAGCAGCAACUCCAGGCACAGCAUUUAUCGCAUGGACAUGGUCUCCCGGUGCCUCUGACCCCACAUCCUUCGGGUCUGCAGCCCCCAGCCAUUCCGCCCAUUGGCAGCAGUGCAGGAUUGCUUGCCCUCUCCAGUGCCCUCGGUGGACAGUCCCAUCUUCCAAUUAAGGAUGAAAAGAAGCAUCACGACAGCGACCAUCAGAGAGACAGAGAUUCCAUUAAGAGUUCUUCUGUAUCACCAUCGGCAAGCUUCAGAACUUCAGAAAAACACAGGAAUUCAACCGAUUAUUCCUCAGAGAGCAAAAAGCAGAAGACUGAAGAAAAAGACAUUGCUGCCCGUUAUGACAGUGAUGGUGAAAAAAGUGAUGAUAACCUGGUGGUGGAUGUUUCCAAUGAGGAUCCUUCUUCACCUAGAGGAAGCCCACCACAUUCUCCAAGGGAGAACGGUUUAGAUAAAGCCAGACUCUUAAAGAAAGAUGCUCCUAUUAGCCCUGCCUCUAUUGCAUCCUCAAGCAGUACUCCUUCUUCAAAGUCCAAAGAACUUAGCCUUAAUGAGAAGUCUACUACUCCUGUUUCAAAGUCUAAUACACCCACUCCACGAACUGAUGCCCCCACACCUGGCAGCAACUCAACCGGAUUACGGCCUGUGCCCGGCAAACCACCAGGAGUCGACCCAUUAACAGGUCUUAGGACACCUAUGGCAGUUCCUUGCCCUUACCCUACUCCUUUUGGAAUUGUGCCACAUGCUGGAAUGAAUGGAGAGCUGACUAGUCCAGGAGCAGCUUACGCCAGUCUUCACAAUAUCUCCCCACAAAUGAGUGCGGCAGCAGCCGCUGCCGCCGCCGCUGCUGCUUAUGGAAGAUCCCCAGUGGUUGGUUUUGACCCACACCAUCAUAUGCGUGUUCCGGGUAUGCCUCCGAAUCUAACAGGAAUACCAGGGGGCAAGCCUGCAUAUUCAUUCCAUGUGAGUGCUGAUGGUCAAAUGCAGCCGGUCCCGUUCCCUCCUGAUGCUCUGAUUGGUCCAGGGAUCCCUCGGCACGCGCGGCAGAUAAACACUCUAAAUCAUGGUGAAGUUGUGUGCGCGGUUACCAUCAGUAACCCCACGAGGCACGUGUACACUGGCGGUAAAGGAUGCGUCAAAGUCUGGGAUAUUAGCCACCCUGGCAACAAAAGCCCCGUCUCUCAGCUGGACUGCUUGAACAGAGAUAACUACAUCCGUUCCUGCAGAUUGCUCCCUGAUGGGCGCACACUUAUCGUCGGAGGAGAAGCCAGCACCUUAUCCAUUUGGGACCUGGCAGCUCCUACCCCACGGAUAAAAGCAGAGCUGACAUCAUCUGCUCCUGCCUGCUAUGCCCUGGCUAUCAGCCCCGAUUCCAAGGUCUGCUUCUCCUGUUGUAGUGAUGGAAACAUUGCAGUGUGGGAUUUACACAACCAGACUCUCGUAAGGCAAUUCCAGGGCCACACAGAUGGAGCCAGCUGUAUUGACAUUUCUAAUGAUGGCACCAAACUCUGGACGGGAGGUUUGGACAACACCGUACGAUCCUGGGAUCUACGCGAAGGACGGCAACUCCAGCAGCAUGACUUCACGUCUCAGAUCUUUUCACUGGGAUACUGUCCGACUGGUGAAUGGCUGGCUGUCGGUAUGGAAAACAGCAAUGUGGAAGUUCUGCACGUCACCAAACCAGACAAAUACCAACUCCACCUUCAUGAGAGCUGUGUACUCUCCCUUAAAUUUGCCCACUGUGGUAAAUGGUUUGUGAGCACUGGAAAGGAUAACCUACUAAAUGCAUGGAGGACACCGUACGGAGCCAGUAUAUUCCAGUCCAAAGAAUCCUCGUCUGUGCUGAGCUGCGACAUCUCCGUAGAUGACAAAUACAUCGUCACAGGAUCGGGGGAUAAAAAGGCUACAGUUUAUGAAGUUAUUUAUUAGAGACACAAUGCCAACCGGACGCUAACUUGUAGCACUUUUUUUCUGUAAAAUCUCAACUUUUUUUUCUUCUUUCCUGAAACCAAGGACUUGGAAAUAUCUGCCACAAGGCAUAAAUGUGCUCUCUUUUUUUCUUUUUUUGUUCCCUCUACCUUAUUGACUACCAAGGCACCCUUUUAAUUGUGAAUGCUUAUUAGAAACUUGAUACCAAAUCUACAGAUGAUUCUUAUGAGAAUACACGUGGAAAGAGUGUAUUAUUUGGCUCCAGUUCUUUAAUUAUGUAUUAUACUUGUAAUAUAUUUAUUUUGUGUAAAGAAGACUUUUUAACCAGUGAACUGGCUCAAUGGUCAUGGAAAUGAAGACUUAAGUCCUAGUGUGGCCCAAACAAAUCAGCAUUCUCCUUCCUGGAUAUUUAAAGCAUGUAGCGUUUACACACGAGUCAUGUUUUUUGCUCUAUAACUGUCAUCGCCAGUGCACGAAACAAGAAGUGCCACACCAAACCCAAAAAGGAUUUUACUUACAGCUGUUUCACGACUACUUACAACGGACAGAAUACAGGAAACGCAGGAAUCCACGAGAACGCUAUCGAAUGUAAUGCGUCUAUUGUCAAACGGUCUUCAUUUCCAACCUACUCUUUCCUAAACGUCCUAAAUCGGAGGCACACUGAGCCAUCAUGCCUCAGACGACAUUUUAAACUUUUUAUGUCAUCACUGUUGCUGUUUAAUUAAUAUGUGAUUUUUAUUUUUUUUGUACUUUUACUUUUUUGUUUUCAAUGCUUUAAAAGAAAAAAAAAAUCUUUAAAGUCUGUGGAUCUGCUGAUGUACAGUGCCUUUGCUGCUAUGGAUCAAAAUCAAAAGAACAUUGUAGAUAACUCUUACCGUAUACGUAGAAAUUCUUAAAUUCCUACUAGAAACGAAUCAAUGCUGAAAGUUGGACUGUUUUACUGAAGUUGCAAAUGUGGUAGCAAAAAAAAAAUAACAAUGGUGUUUUAAGUACUCAGUGUUUGAUGUCAUUAACAGUUUCGUAAUAAUCUACAGUGUAGAAAGAUUUUGAUACUAAAUUGUGUCAUUGUACAUACUUAUAUUACAUUGUUGACCAUAAGUACAUCUAUAAUACUAGAUUGUUUGUGCAUUCAGACUUUUAAGCAUUAAACUUAAGUAACUUCUA